GUCUUUGACUUGGACAGUGCCAUAUUCAGAUGCAUCAUCUUCAUUUUCCAAACUAGGGGGGUUCAUUCAACUCAAUUAUUGCAUGUACAGCAUUAUCUGAUAUUUGAAGUAAAACCAGCCUUGUGCUAUCAUAAGGGUUAAACCCAAUCUCGUGGUUCUUUUUACCCCUUAGAGUAACAUGGGGGUUGCCAAUUUCUUUGCCUUCUUAUUUAUUGCUCUAAGUUGCUUCCAGUUGCUCAGAAUUUCUGAAUCAAAAUUACCCCAAGAAGAAGUUGAUGCCCUUCAAGAAAUUAUCAGCACGAUGGGUUCGGCCUAUUGGAAGUUUGAUGCUGAUUCCUGCAAAAUUGAAAUGGUUGGACUAACUCGUGAACCACCAACUGAAUCAGAGAUAAGCAUUGAUUGUGAUUGCAGUUUUGAUACGGUCUGUCAUGUUGUGAAGAUGACUCUCAAACGCCUUAGUCUACGUGGCAUACUCCCACCUCAACUGGCUAAGCUACCUUUUCUCCAAGAAGUAGAUUUUGCAUACAAUUGCUUCACUGGUUCUAUUCCAAAGGAAUGGGCUUCAAUGAAAUUAGCUUCAAUCUCUCUUGUUGUGAACCGCUUAUCUGGGGAAAUUCCAAAGCAUCUAGGAAAUAUUACAACUCUCACAUACCUGAUGCUUGAAGCAAACCAAUUUUCUGGUGUUGUUCCACCUGAUCUUGGGAGACUAAUAAACUUGCAGACCUUGGUGCUGUCAUCCAAUCAAUUGAUAGGGAACUUACCACUUUCACUUGCUGGACUACAAAAUUUGACUGACUUUAGAAUAAAUAAUAACAAUUUUACCGGAACCAUACCUAAUUUCAUACAGAACUGGCCACUUCUUCAAAGACUAGAAAUGCAAGCAAGUGGACUCGAGGGACCCUUUCCAUCAAAUAUCUCUCUCUUAGGGAACUUAGCUCAGUUAAGAAUCAGUGAUAUAAAUAGUCCUAGACAGGACUUUCCUUUUCUGGGGAACAUGGCAAGCUUGACUACAUUGGUUUUAAGGAAUUGUAACUUAUCUGGUGCGAUACCUCCAUACAUCUGGACGAUGAUGAAUUUGGUAAUUUUGGAUGUCAGUUUUAACAUGCUCGUCGGGGAAAUUCCAACAAUCAUAAGUGCAAGGCGUAUAAGAUUUAUCUACCUGACAGGUAAUAUGCUUAGUGGCAAUAUACCAAAUUCAAUCCUGAAGGAUGGAAGUAGCAUUGAUCUUUCAUACAACAACUUUACUUGGCAAGACAAUGAGCAACCUGCUUGUCAGGACGGCAUUAGGAACUUGAAUCUGAAUUUGUUCAGAAGCUCGAUUAAGGAGAAUAAGUUAGAGGAGUAUGUUCCUUGCUCCAAGAGUUUCACCUGUCCACGGUAUUCAAGUUGCUUGCACGUUAAUUGUGGCGGGAAGGAUCUAAAUGUAAAAGAUGACAAAGGAGAAAACCUUUAUGUGGGAGAUAUAGAUGUUCCAGGUGGCACUGCAACUUAUUUCUAUAGUGACAAUGAUAACUGGGGAUUUAGUAGCACUGGAGACUUCAUGGAUGAUUAUGAAGCCCAGAACAUACGUUACACUGUAUCUUUACCAUCUUCAAAUAUGCCUGAACUAUAUAAAACAGCACGUGUAUCUCCAAUUACCCUUACUUAUUUCCAUAAUUGCAUGGAAAAUGGGAACUAUACCGUAAAUCUCCACUUUGCUGAGAUACAGUUUACAAAUGAUAAAACAUACAAAAGUCUUGGGACGCGCAUAUUUGAUAUCUAUGUUCAGGGAAAACUGAUUCGCAAAAAUUUUAAUAUUGAGAAUGAGACGAAUGUUGCUGAAAAACCAUUAGUACUGCCUUUAUACAAUAUCAGCAUCACAAAUAAUGUCUUGGAGAUUCGGUUCUACUGGGCUGGAAAAGGAACAACUAGAAUUCCUGAUGCUGGAGUUUAUGGUCCCCUUGUAUCAGCUAUUUCUGUGGUUUCAAAUUCUAGAGUUUGCUCAAGUGGAGAAAAAAAGGUUUCUGUUUCUAUAAUCAUUGCAAUUGUAGCUGGUGCUCUAUGCUUAGUGCUAUUUAUAUCUGGAUUCAUUUGGUGGAAGUGGAAAGGCUUUUUCAGAGGGAAGCUACAGAGGAAUGAAGGGACAAAAGAUGGAGAUACUCAGGCAGGUAAUUUUAGCUUGGAGCAGAUCAGAGCUGCCACUAAUGACUUCUCUUCUGCUAAUAAGAUUGGGGAAGGCGGUUUUGGUCCUGUAUACAAGGGUCAAUUGCUAGAUGGUACUUUCAUAGCAGUCAAGCAACUGUCAUCAAAAUCACGGCAGGGAAAUCGAGAAUUUAUAAAUGAAAUAGGCUUGAUAUCUUGUGUGCAACAUCCCAACCUUGUAAAGCUGCAUGGAUACUGUGCUGAAGGGGAACAACUUUUGUUGGUAUAUGAGUACUUGGAAAAUAACAGUCUUGCCCGAGCUUUAUUUGGUAGAGAAAACUAUCAGCUUAAAUUGGACUGGCCCACAAGAUUUAGGAUUUGCAUUGGUAUAGCAAAAGGUUUAGCAUUUCUUCACGAUGAGUCAAGAUUCAAGAUAGUGCACAGAGAUAUCAAGGCUUCUAAUGUGUUACUCGAUAGCAAAUUGAUUCCAAAGAUAUCUGACUUUGGCUUGGCGAAGCUAGAUGAAACAGAGAAGACCCAUAUCAGCACCCGAGUAGCUGGGACUAUAGGAUAUAUGGCACCAGAAUAUGCCUUAUGGGGCUACCUUACACCCAAGGCUGAUGUUUACAGUUUUGGAGUGGUGGCAUUAGAAGUUAUUAGUGGGAAGAGCAAUAACAAUUAUUUACCAGAUGAUGGAAGUGUUUGUCUUUUGGAUUUGGCAUGUCACUUAAAUCAAGCUCAGAACUUGGUGGGGCUGAUUGAUGAAAGGUUGGGAUCAGAUCUUAACAAAAAGGAAGUAGAAAAGGUGGUCAAAGUAGCCCUCCUGUGCACAAAUGCUUCUCCAUCACUUAGGCCUACAAUGUCUGAGGUGGUGAAUAUGCUUGAAGGACACACAGAUAUUCCUGAUACAAUCCCAGAUCCAAGUACCUACAAUGACGAUUUAAGGUUUAAAGCCUUAAGAGACCUACAUCAAUAUCGGUCAAAUCAGAGUUUGGGUGGAAAUCAGAGCCAGGAUUCAAUGACACAUACAUUCAGCUCAGCAUCUGGUGGUAAUACUCACACUACAAGUUAUAUUGAGGAUCAUAGUUCAGUUGACAAUAAUUAGGUUUCCCCUUUCAACAACUUGAAAUAAGCACUUUGCCAUAUAGCACUGGUAGUUCUAGAUCUUAGACGUUGAAAAUUUUAACCAUGAACAGCCAUACUAAACAAGAUGCACUGUUCACAUGCAUGGAACCUCCGAUUUCCACUUGUUUCAUUUUGUGCUUUCAACAGACGGUCUCUGCAAAGAAGUAUGACAAGAUUUUUCAUUUCUUCCUUUUGUUACCUUUCUUUGUUUUUUGUUUCCUUUAUGUUUUUCUGUAUAAAUAUACUCCGGCAAACAAAGCCAACUCUGAUUCAUAAAUUUAGGUUAUAUCUUUAUUCAUUUGUAUGUGUAUUCAUACGAAGGAAAGCUCAAUUCAUACCUGAUGUUAAA